UCUAUCCCUGUUACAAUGCUGUCUGCUGCCAAGCAUACACCUAUACCCUCGGGUAUGCCCUAUGGUAAGGGGACUAAGGAAGAGAAUAUUAGAGACUGCUUUACUGGUGAUUCUGUAGGCUAUGCAGGCACCAUCAAGAAAUGGACAGCUAUAGCACUGCCAUCCCUUUCAGGGACAACCCUGAACAAUACCAGAAGAGAAUCUCCACAGUGGGUAGAACUUCAAGCACUCUACAUCGCCAUACAUUUUGUUUUUCAGGAGAAAUGGCCAUGUGUGUGAUUGUUCAAUGACUCAUGGGCUGCAGCCAAUGGAUUUGCUGGAUGAUCAGGGACUUGGAAAGAGCAUGAUUGGAAAAUUGGUGAGAAAGACUGGGGAAGAAGUAAGUGGAUAGACCUCUCCAAAUGGAUGAUGGAUGUGAAGAUACUUGUGUCUGUAAAUGCUCAUCAAAAGGUGACUUCAGCUGAAGAGGAGUUUAACAAUCAAGUAGAUAUGAUGACCCAUUCUGUGGACAGUCAGACUCUUCCUAACCAUUAUGUCUCUGCCCCAUGGGCCCAUGAACAAAGUAGCCAUGGUGGCAGAGUUGGGGAUUAUACUUGGGCCUGACAACAUGGACUGCUACUCACCAAGGCUGAUCUGGCUACAGCUGCUGCUGAGUGCCAGAUCUGCCAACAGCAGAGACCAACACUGAACCCCAGACAUGGCAUCACUCCCCAGGGUGACCAGCUAGCAACCUAGUGGCAGGUUGGACCACUUCUUCCAUGGAAAGGACAGCACUUUUCUACUGAAGUAGAUACUUAUUUGGGUUAUAGAUUUACCUUUUUUUCUGCCCAAACCACCAUCCAUGGACUCACAGAAUGCCUUAGCCACCUUCAUGGUGUUGCUUCUGACCAAGGAACUCAUGUCACAGCCAGGUAAGUGUGACAGCGGGCCCAUGACCAUGGAAUCCACUGGUUUUAACAUGUUCCCCAUCAUCCUGAAGCAGCUAGCCUGAUAGAAAGAUGGAAUGGCUGUUUGAAGACACAAUUACAGCGCCAAUUAGGUGGCAGCAGCCUAGAACUCUGGGGCAGGGAUACUUAAAAGGCAGUAUAUCCUUUGGAUCAGCAUCCACUAUAUGAUACAGUUUCUCCCAUAACCAGGAUCCAUGAGUCCUGGAAUCCAGGGGAGGAAAUAGAAAUAUCUCCACCCCGUGACCCAGUAGGAAAAAUUUUGCUUCCUGUUCCCAUGACCUUAAGUUCUUCUGGCCUAGAAGUUUUGUUUCAGAAGGUAAUCACUCCUGCUAGUACACACAACAAACCUAUUGGAGUAAAAGCUCAGACCUCCCACGACCAUGUUGGGCUUCAGAUAUCCUUAAGCCAACAGGUUAAGAAACGAAUAACAGUUUUAGGACCGGUGAUUGAUCCAGAUUAUCAUGGGGAAACUGGAUUGCUCAAGAAAGAUCAUGACUGGAGUGCAGGAAAUCCUUUAGGGCAUCUCUUGAAUCUACCAUGUCCUGUGAUUAAAGUCAAUGGGAAACUAUAACAGCCUAAUCCAGGUGUGAUGACAAAGGGCACAGACCCAUCAGGAAUGAAGGUAUGGGUCACUCCUCCAGGAAAAGAGCCAAGACUUGCUGAGGUGCUUGCUGAGGGUGGAGGGAAUACAGAAUGGGUAGCAGAGGAGGGCAGAUGUAAAUACCAGCUAAGGCCACGUGACCACUUACAGACACGGAUUAUAACUGACGUGAGUAUUUCUGUAAUGUUUUGUUAA